GCCUGAGAUAACCUUAUUCAUUUAUUUUGGUAUUAUUAUUUGAUCUCAUUAAGUAAAAACGCUAAAUUAGACAAAUUUUAAUAAUGCGGUUUAAUGAAGUGAUGUUUGCGUAUUCGUUAAAGAAUCCAUUUUUAGGUUAAGAAGUACAUACUUGUUAGGUUUUGUAAAGUUGGUUAAGUAUCACAAUGGUUAAGUUAAAUAGUUGGUAUUUGUAUUUUGUUGCUAUGAUAGUAAACCUAUUGGCAUUCAGCUCAGGCUUGGCAAAAUCCUGGUCAUCCCCAGUGCUACCAAAACUACAAUUAACCGAAAACAACCCCCUGGGCAAAAUAAUCACCACAUCUGAAGCCUCCCUCCUCACUGCAAUCCUGAACAUUGGAAACGCGUUAGGACCUCUGGUAGCAGGAAAACUAUGCGACAAAUACGGAAGAAAGCUCACGAUGGUCAUCAUUGCAAGCCCCAUUGUUUUUGCUUAUGGUUUGUUAGCAUACGCGACUAAUAUUUACGUUUUUUAUGCAGCCAGAGUGGUGAAGGGGUUGGGGGUUGGGAGUUGUUUAGUAGUAUUGCAGUUGUAUUUUAGUGAAGUUAGUGAGAGUACCAAUAGAGGAAGAGUUGGCUGCCUUAUGUCUGUGUUUUAUGCUUUGGGGAUGUUAAGUUCGUAUGUUAUAGGACCUCAUUUUACUAUUAAAGUGUUUAGUUUACUGUGUAUUGUACCGUUGAUGUUGUUUUUCACUAUGUUUAGUUUUAUACCUGAAAGUCCUUUGUAUUUGGUUUUAAGAGGUGAUAGAGCUGGGGCUGAAAAAUCAUUAAUGAGACUUAGAUCACAGAAUGAGUUAGAAGUGGAAAAUGAGUUCAUCGAAAUCAUAAAGUACUGUGAAAAGACUAAACAAGGCAGUGUAAAGGACAUUUUUAGAUCCGCAGGACUAAGAAGAUCCUUUUCUAUAUGUGUAGGAUUAUUCAUGUUCCAACAAUUAACAGGAGUAAGUGUUGUAGUCUCCUACUUACAAUCCAUAUUUGAAGCCGCAGGUGAUACAACUUUAUCCCCUACGGAAUCCCCCAUUGUUAUUGGAGGUACAAAAUUCGUAGUCACCAUAUUUACUUCCCUAGUAGUCGAGAAAUGCGGAAGAAGAUUACUACUAACAUACUCUGAAUUAGGUGCAGGCAUAUCUUUCUUCAUCCUAGCAAUAUACUUCUACCUUCAAGAGCAAGGUUUCGACGUCACCCCAAUAAACUUUCUCCCCCUCACUUGCAUGAUUUCUUAUAUAAUAAGCUGCGGUCUAGGGGUAAUGCCAAUCCCUUGGAUUAUUUUGGGGGAAUUGUUCCCCCCAAACGUAAAAUCCUCAGCCACCAGUAUAGCCUCCUUCAUCAACUUUAUGGCUGCCUUUAUGGUGACCGUAAUUUUCCCCCAUUUGGUGGAUUUAAUUGGUAUGGGGGGUGCGAUUGGGUUUUUUGGUUGCUCGGCCUUUUUGGGGGUGUUUUUCACUUAUUUUACUGUCCCUGAGACCAAGGGUAUGUCCUUGUAUCAGAUACAGGAGAUGCUGGAUGAACGGGAAGAAUUAUUGAGUACUUAAUGUUAGUGAUAGUGUAAAUAUGUAUAGGUUUUUUAUUUAUUAACCCUAGAUAAUAUUAUACUACUUUUUAAAAGUUACAUACCUACUUAAAUAAUUUUAUGUUUUAAGGUUUCUGUUAGUGAUGCAACGAUUAUUGAAAUGCGAUUACGAUAACGGUUACGAUUCUACAACCAAUAAUCGUACAAUUAUUUAUUUUCUUUCCUAAAUAAAUAUUAAUAUUAUACAAUUUAUUAAAUU